CUUGUAUAUAAAUAUAUAUGUAUUUCUUAUUACUUUCUUUUUUUUUUUUCUAUUAAAAUCGUAAACAAUAUAUGCUUAAUAAUAAAUCGAUACCUAGUGUAAAAGUUGCAGUUAAAACUUUUCCACCAUCCACAAUAUUAUUUGAAGGCUAUUUAAUGAAACAAAAGCAUGGAAAAUGUAAGGCUUGGUUAAAGCGAUAUUUUAUUCUUUAUGAGAAAGAAAUUCGAUAUUAUAAAAGCAAAAGCGAUACAAGUCGUGCUUUAGCAGUAAUUACAUUGGAUCAUUAUAAUCUAGUAUUAAACUCGCAUUCUCUUACUUCUUUAUUAAAUCAGAAGCAACCACAAAGGAAACAAACUAUUUUCUGUCUAGUGUCAGACGAUACAACCAAGUAUAAUUGGCCUGAUUACUUUUUGCAAGCGGCUGAUGCUAUUGAAUAUCGUAUGUGGAUUAACUCUCUUGAAGAUCGUUAUUUAUCACAUUUAAUUCAUAAUAGUAGUAGUGUAUUAGAUAAGUGGCUUGAUCGACUUAAAUUACCUGACAAACACUCAUCAUUACACAAACAUCAUGUUCCUGAGACUUUACUAUCCUCAUCUUUAAAAUAUAAUGAAGAGUCAGAUUCAUUACCUUCAAGUCCACAGUCCUUUGUCUUUACUACAAAUUCGUCUGUUUCAUCAUUAUCGAUUCGUUCUAAUCAUUCAUCAUCAACACCACCACCCAUACUGUUAAUAAAAAAUCAUAGAUCGAGAGACUCGUUAGGAUCUAGGUUUCAGUCUCUAUCAUCUUCAGAAAAAGACGAUUUUCUACAAGACACUACUUGCAUAACAAAACUAUCAAAAUUUAGAAAAAAGUAAAAGCUAAUCAUAUUCAUUGUUUAAAAAAAAGAAAAGAAAAUAGAGUUACUAUAUAUAAUACACACACACACACACGCACUUUCCUUACUAUUGAAAAGCUAAUCAUUUAAUAUCCCAUAAUUGACUAAUUAAAGUUUUAUUUAUUCUUGAG